GAUGUGGUUACUUAUUUGACUCGCCAGAUCUGGCAACCCUGCCCACAAACAGUUCUGGGGUUUUUUGUUUUUUAGUUUAGUUUCUCUUUCGCUUGUCUCGUGACGCUGAUGUUUGACUUUUUCUUCGCGGUGUGUAAAAGUCCAUCUGAAGAAUGGACAAAGGAAAGGACAAGAAAGAGGAUGGGAGGAAAAAGAUACCGAUCCGUUGUGUCGUCCCUCCACCGCCCGAAGGUCUGAGGGUCAGUCAAACACCAGGGUCCCCUCCCACUGAAACCAGUGGAGUGUCUUUGAAGAGUGACUGGUCCAAAGAGCCACCGCUCUACUUUCGAGCUAUGAACAUCAGAAGAUCAACUGACCCUGAACCCACCGCUGUGUCUUUGAAGAGUGAUUGGUCCAAGGAGCCCCCACUCUACUUUUCCCGACACAGGAUCUUCCCUGGAGCUGAACCCACCGCUGUGUCUUUGAAGAGUGAUUGGUCCAAGGAGCCACCACUGUACUUUUCCCCACAAAGGUCAUUGGCAGAAUCACACUUUUACGAAGCUGUGACAGCCCAUUCACGUCAAACAGAACUGGACUCCAUCUUUCUGCUGCUGGAGGACAACAUCAUCACUUUCGUGAAGAAGGAACUGAAGAAGAUCCAGAAGGUUCUGAGUCCUGAUUACCCAGAAUACUCGGCGAGUCAGAGGGAGGGUGAGGAGGUGUUGGAGGGUGAGGAUGAAGAGCAGAGGAGGAGCAGCAGAGAUUUAUUUCUGAAGAUGACAGUGAACUUCCUGAGGAGAAUGAAGCAGGAGGAGCUGGUCGACUCCCUGCAGAGCAGAAUUAAUCCACCAGCAGUUUGUCAACGUAAAGUUAAAUCUGGUCUGAAGGAGAAGUUCCAGUGUGUGUUUGAGGGGAUUGCCAAAGUUGGAAACUCAACCCUUCUGAAUGAGAUCUACACAGAGCUCUACAUCACAGAGGGAGGGACUGCAGAGGUCAAUGAUGAACAUGAGGUCAGACAGAUUGAAACAGCAUCCAGGAAACUAGACAGACCAGAAACAACCAUCAGACCAGAAGACCUCUUUAAAGCCUCACCUGGAAGACAUGAACCAAUCAGAAGAGUGAUGACAAAGGGAGUGGCUGGCAUUGGGAAAACAGUCUUAACACAGAAGUUCACUCUGGACUGGGCUGAAGACAAAGCCAACCAGGACAUCCUCUUCAUAUUUCCAUUGACUUUCAGAGAACUGAAUGUGGUGAAAGAGAGAAAGUUCAGCUUGGUGGAACUUGUUCAUCACUUCUUCACUGAAACCAAAGAAGCAGGAAUCUGCAGCUUUGAAGACUUCCAGGUUGUGUUCAUCUUUGACGGUCUGGAUGAGUGUCGACUUCCUCUGGACUUCCACAACACUGAGAUCCUGACUGAUGUUACAGAGUCCACCUCAGUGGAUGUGCUGCUGACAAACCUCAUCAGGGGGAAACUGCUUCCCUCUGCUCACCUCUGGAUAACCACACGACCUGCAGCAGCCAAUCAGAUCCCUCCUGAGUGUGUUGACAUGGUGACAGAGGUCAGAGGGUUCACUGAGCCCCAGAAAGAGGAGUACUUCAGGAAGAGGUUCAGAGAUGAGGAGCAGGCCAGCAGCAUCAUCUCCCACAUCAAGACAUCACGAAGCCUCCACAUCAUGUGUCACAUCCCAGUCUUCUGCUGGAUCACUGCUACAGUUCUGGAGGAUGUGUUGGAAACCAGAGAGGGAGGAGAGCUGCCCAAGACCCUGACUGAGAUGUACAUCCACUUCCUGGUGGUUCAGGCCAAAGUCAAGAAGGUCAAGUAUGAUGGAGGAGCUGAGACAGAUCCACACUGGAGUCCAGAGAGCAGGAAGAUGAUUGAGUCUCUGGGAAAACUGGCUUUUGAUCAGCUGCUGAAAGGAAACCUGAUCUUCUAUGAAUCAGACCUGACAGAGUGUGGCAUCGAUAUCAGAGCAGCCUCAGUGUACUCAGGAGUGUUCACACAGAUCUUUAAAGAGGAGAGAGGCCUGUACCAGGACAAGGUGUUCUGCUUCGUCCAUCUGAGUGUUCAGGAGUUUCUGGCUGCAGUCUACAUGAUCCACUGUUACACCAACAGGAAGACAGGGGAGCUGCAGAACUUCCUGGGAGGAAACUACAAUAACUCACCUCUGGAUGAGUUUCUGAACAGAGUCAUGAUUAAAUCCCUGGAGAGUAAAAAUGGUCACCUAGACCUGAUGGUUCGCUUCCUUCAUGGCCUCUCUCUGGAGUCCAACCAGAGACUCUUAGGAGGUCUGCUGGGUCAGACAGAGAUCAGUCCAGAAAUCAUCCAGAGAACCAUCAACAACCUGAAGAAGAUGAACACUGGUAAAAUCUCUCCUGACAGAAGCAUCAACAUCUUCCACUGUCUGAUGGAGAUGAACGACCUCUCAGUUCAUCAGGAGAUCCAAGAGUUCCUGAAGUCAGAGAACAGAUCAAAGAAGGAACUCUCUGAGAUCCACUGCUCAGCUCUGGCCUACAUGCUGCAGAUGUCAGAGGAGGUUCUGGAUGAGUUGGACCUGAAGAAGUUCAACACAUCACUGGAGGGACGGCGUAGACUGAUCCCAGCUGUGAGGAACUGCAGAAAGGCUCGACUUUUUGGCUGUGGACUCUCAGAUGUUCACUGUGAAGUUGUGGUCUCAGCUCUGAAGUCCAGCCCCUCCCACCUGACACACCUGGACCUGAGUGAAAACGCCCUGCAGGAUUCAGGAGUGAAGCAGCUGUGUGAAGGAUUCAAGAGUCCAAACUGUAGACUGGAGAUUCUGAGAUUGAGGGGCUGCAUGUUGUCAGAGCUCAGCUUUGAUUCUCUGGUCUCAGCUCUGAAGUCCAAACCCUCCCAUCUGAAACAUCUGGACCUGAGUGAAAACCGUUUGCAGCCUUCAGGAGUGAAGCAGCUGCUUGAUCUUGUCAAGAGUCCAAACUGUAGACUGGAGACUCUGAGCCUGGUCCGCUGCAGUUUGUCAGAGAUCAGCUGUGAUUCUCUGGUCUCAGCUCUGAAGUCCAACCCCUCCCAUCUGAAACAUCUGGACCUGAGUGAAAACAAUCCAAAGUAUUCAGGAGUGAAGAAGCUGUGUUGUUUUCUAGAGAGUCCACACUAUAGUCUGGAGACUCCGAGCUGCCCUGUGUGCUGUGACAGGAGGAGACAUGUCCUCAGGAGAAGCAGCAGGUUCAGUGGGAGGUGGGACGAGAGACCAUAGACGAGAGACAACAGACGAGAGUCAACAGAUGAGAGACAACACUGGGAGGCGUUACUGAUUUAUAAAAACUCUCACCAUGAGACUAUGGAACAGUUUCUUUCUCCAAGUCAUCCAGUCUUUUAAUAAACACACACAGUGACUGUUAUAACAGUAAUGUUCAAUAUAUUUACUAAUUAUUAACAUAUUGGUCUGUUUGUGAAUGGGAUUAGUUGUGAGUGCGUGUUGUAGAAUAUUUUAUGUUAGUUCAUAUCUGAUUUGUUAAUCAGUGCAGUAAAUGCUGUUCUUGAAAAUCUCCCAGUCACCUGGUGAUAUUCAAUUCUCUCUAAAGACCAGCUCAUGCAUUUAUUUAAUCUGAAUAAAGAUAAGGAAUAACUGGUGUGAGGAGAGACCUUGAAGUCCCUUGUGAAUUAUCGUGAGAUAUUCGUCAGAGGUCUUGUGAAAACCAGCGCUCAUCAACACUCCUUGCUGUUGUUUUCACGGUUGAUUGUGAAGCUUUUUGUUCCAACUAUAUUUUCAUUUUAUUUCUGCCUUCACUAUUCUCUAUAUAAACAGUAGAUUACAUGUUUAUUUUACUGGAGCUGGAGCUGGAGUGAGCAUGAUUAAUUCAUGAUUUAGUUUGGACAGAUUGUCAUAUGAGAAGUUGUUGCUGUGUGUCAACACAGGUCUCUGAUAAAGACGAGGUAUUCUCUGAUUGAUUGGUGUGUGAUUGUUUGUGAACCAUAUGCAGUAAUCUUACAUUGUACUCAUUGGACUGUAGAUACUGUAGAUGGCUAGAGGGCUGCAUGCAUGUGUACUGAGUUAUUAAAACAUAACUGAUUAAACUGG